AUGGAUGUCCACCUGAGAUGGAAUAACCAUCAGACUACACUAUUAUCUGUCUUCAGCUCCCUUCUAGAUAAUGGGGAUCUGGUAGAUUGCACAAUAAGUGCUGAAGGUCAAUAUUUCAAAGCACAUAGGGUGAUUCUCUCAGCCUGCAGUCCAUAUUUUGAAUUAAUAUUCAGCCAACAUCAUGAGAAGCAUCCAGUUGUUAUACUGCCAGAUGUAAAGUUUCAAAUUUUGAAGGCUCUGAUGGAGUAUAUGUACUCUGGAGAAGUGAAGGUCCCACAGAAUAAGCUCUGUACCAUCCUUAAACUUGCCGAGACUCUACAGAUUAAGGGCCUGUCAUUUGCUGGUGAUGGAGAAAUGAAAAACAAACUUGGGCAUAGGAGAAGGAAUGAGUCUACCAUUCUCCAUGAACAACACGGUUUUGGUAAACAUCUGUGUGAACCCAGACACGGUUCUCAAGUUGAGCAGAAAGGAGAUGUUUCCUCACCACACACCUUAGAAAAGGAAUGCUCUGAAGACAUUGAUUCCCAUCUGCCGGCUGCUCAGGAAAGUGAGACUGAUAGUUCCACUUAUGUCUCCCACGAAAAACCAGUUGAUGAGCCAGCAAUGUCCCAAGACGUUAGUGAUACUGAGGCCUUCAAUGUGUUCGAGUGUUCAUCUCUCACAAAAAUACUCACUAAAUCAAACACCCGUGUGUCUGGGAUAUUAUUAAACCCAGUUUCCAGUAGUUUAGAUUCCAAUGAAUCGCCAGGAACAUCCAGAGAGAAUAUUGGAGAACAGCGAAUGACCAGUUGUGGACCUUCUGCCAGAAAUAAAGCAGGAGGAUCCAGAUGGUGA